CACUACAGAGUGUGUUGCCCUCUGUCUCUGCUCUGGGGUUGCCAACGUGAGGCACGACCAGGUGUAAACGUUUCGACCAGGCUGCAUGACGAUGACAUCCGCUACUAGAAAGCUUUAUCUGGUAGCGACGAUGAUCUGCGCGACGUCGUUGCGGUGUGACGCGUUCUCUACAACAAGCUCGUGCAGCAAUAGUCAGCACAUCAUGUCGAACAGCCCUACGACUCCGAGGACGGGCCGAGGGCGCUGCGGAAGCUCAAUGGAGAUGCAGGGAAGGAACGAAGACGGACAGAAACGAAGAAUAAGCAACAGCAGCAGUGGCAGCGUGAACCGGGGUGGCUUCGCGCGAGCUGCAGCGGCGGCAGCGCUCACUCUAACCAUUGCCGGGCAACAAACGACGUCUCCCGCACGGGCCGUUGGCGUUCAGCCCGGAGAGAGAACGACCGCUCCUCCCAACGCGUUGCUCCUUGUUCCUGCUCUUCGCGCGAAGCUCGCGGUCCAGAGCGUGCUGAAGCUGAUGAAGGACCCAGAGAAGUGGGACGAGGCUCGGGAGGCCCUCAAAUCGCCCCCGCUAGCCCCGGCCGACUUCAAGGAGUGCUUCCGGACGUACAGUGACGCGGAUCCCGAGCAGCACUUGGCGUUCGACCUCUACCGCAUACAGGCGCAAGACGCCCUCAAGGCGGUCUCCGAGCUGCUGGCGUACCUAGCGUCCGAGAAGAACAAGGGCUCCAACAUCGACCGAGAUGAUGUCGAAGACCUCGAGGAGGCGGGCCGCUCGGUGCUGCAGGGCAUAGACGAUUUCCUGGCCCUCGCCCCUCGCGAAGACGUCUUGAUGGUGGCGAAAAACACCGCUGACCAGGCGCGCACCGCCCAGGCGGCCAGGCCAAGGAGCACGGGGGCACCGACGGCGUUGGGGGGGGGUCGGGAGCUGGAAGGCGCCGUUGUCGGGGAGGGGGCGUUUGUCGCGGGCGCCUGGGUGGGGAAGUAGGUAUUGUAUGAGUUUUUUUUAUCAUUUUUAGUUUGAUUAUUGGGGUUUGGGUUUGUAGUUGCCGUUUUGUUUAUGUUGUUCAGUUUGAUUCGACGAAAAGUCCAUAGAUUUACACUUAUCAUAGGAAUAUUUACUUGCUGUGGUGAGACGUUACGACACCGUCGCCGUUUUUGUGUAUCCCCUUGCUGCCAGGUGCUCGAUGGUGGGUGUCCGUUUUAAACCAUCCUGACAUCUUGUAGAAUAAACCUGGACACCGCGUUAUUGCCUGACCAGCGAGCAAUAAACAAUUGUCUACACCCCACCGGACGGAGUGGUGUGUUUUGUGAGUUUGGUGCAGUGUUUGCUUCGUUCGGUGGGUAACACACAGAAUACGGCGUAGGCAGUAUCUAUCCGCCGGUGCAUGCUUCAUGUUCGUUGCGGCGAGGUACGCACUUGCGUCAUGGCACGGUCAUUGACAGAAACCGACAUCAGCACCAGCAGAGCAGCGGCAUGUGUGGGAGGCGGGAACCAAGGUAGAUAGUCAGAACAUAACGGGGAAAAUGAGCACUAGCUGCCGGUUUCAGAGGUAGGCGAGCAACAAGCCUCAGCGAAUCGCAGCGUCAUUUUCUCAGCGUCAGGAGGAUGAGCCUUCCUCGAUUU